CGCCAUACACUACACUAAAUACAUAUUUGUUUUAAUUAAAUUGACAAUGUAUGGGUAAAAUAUACAUCUUAAAAUCCUACAGUGAUUUCUAAUAACUCUUAAAUGUUUCCUCAAUAUUCCCUUUAUUGUGUUACAUUUAGUCUCUGCUGAAAUAUACCACAAUAUAACCAUUACAAAAUUUAUUAAAAAAUAUUUUGAAAUUAAUGUUACAAAACACAUUUUUUAAACAUGCCCUAAAAUAUAUCCAUUGGCAGAUAUGUGAUGUAACUUUGUGGGUUGGAGCAAUUACAGUGUCUAGUCCAAGGAGACAUUCCGACAAUGGUAGCAGCAUCAAGGCCUGAAUCUGUAUCCUCUGGUCUAGAGAUGACUAAUUCGCCACGGCAUUUGACAAUGUAGCUUCAGAUAAAAACGAUUUUUGAGAGAAAGAGAAGAAAAAAGGUAAUCCACAGGAACCACACGUUGUUGCUGAUUCAGGUUUAGUCGUUAAAGUGAAUGCUGCAGUCAUGAAGGUUGAAUAUGAUUUGUUGGUCGUUAAACUUGUCAAUUUCUUGUUUUACGCUGGCAUGGCAUGCUUUAUGCCGUACAAAGCAAUUUACCAGAAGAGCAUCGGACUGACCCCCUCACAGAACGGGUUGAUUCAAGCGCUGGAGAAGUUGAUAACUUUGUUCUCUCCUCCAAUUGUUGGAGCGAUUUCCGAUAAAUUCUCGUUCCAUAAAUCUUCAAUGAUUAUUUGUAUUCUGCUCUCUGUUGGCUUCACCUUCCCAAUGUACUUUGUACCAAAAGUCAACAAUGGGUUGAAUCAUAAUGUCGAUUGUUACGUCACAAACACAACAAUUGUUUGCAGUAACUCUUUAAAUUUUACUGAAGGUUGCAACAUUAUUGAAAAUGUUGACGCUGCUUAUUUAUUAAAAUGUUGGGACGAUUAUAAUAAUUCUGCCACAGUUACAUGCGAAGAACCCACUGUAGUUAACAACCAAACUGAAGAUGCAAUUCAACUUAAAUGCAAAGAUGAAACAACAGAACAGGACACAUAUGGUUUGACCUUUAUGUGGGUUGUUGUAUUGACCGUAUUUUACGCAUUUUUCACCAACCCUGUCCAACCUUUGAUUGACGCAAGCACAAUGAACAUGUUGGGUGAAAAUAGAAUGCAGGAUUAUGGGAAGCAACGCUUAUGGGGGUCGGUUGGGUUCGGCUCCGUUGCUUUGCUCGUUGGGUUCGUAACCGAUGUUUUCACAAAGUCAAAAUCAACCGAAGAAAAAGAUUAUUUAUUUUCAUUCAUCGGAGCGUUAGUGUUUGGUGUCUUAACUUCAAUUGUGUGUUAUAAGUUAAAGGUUCCAAAACAUAACCCACCAUCUAUAUUAUCGGGACUUACAACACUUGUAAAGGAUCCACGUAUAAUAGCAUUCCUAUGCAUUGUUAUGGUGGGCGGGUACAACCUCGGCGUGAAAUAUGCGUUUGUGUUCUGGUACGCUGAAAGCUUGCCUGGUUGCAACCAGACCAUCAUCGGACUCGCCAUUCUAACCGGAUGUUUAACCGAGGUUCCGAUGUUCUUUGUGUCCGGAUGGAUAGCUGGAAAGAUUGGGUAUAACGCGAUCCUCGUGUUUGGGUUGAUAUUUGCCUCAUUACGCUGCUUUCUUUACACGAUCCUCACAUCGGCAUGGCAACUUCUGCUCGUUGAAGCGUUACACGGCUUGUCAUUCGCGUUACCAAUGGCCGCCAUGUGUUCGUACGCGGCUACUUUGGCUCCAGAAGGAAUGACGGCGACACUGAUCGGACUCACCCAAGGUGUAUACUGGGGGUUAGGAAACAUGCUCGGUGCGUUGUUGGGCGGUGUUUUAUAUCGUCUUUAUUCCCCGAUAGUGAUGUUCCGUAUCACCGCACUUAUCGGAGUUGUUGCCGCAAUGUUUUAUUCUAUUUCUAUGGUUUGCUUAAUAAACUACAACUCGGGACUUAAAGUGGAGGAAGGUUCUGAGGGAGAAAGAGAAGCUUGCAAUAUAAAGACUGACGAAGCAUAGAAACAUCAUUAAUAAUGAGUAGAAACAAAUUUUUUUAUAGCAAAAAUUGAUUAAAUUUUUAGCCUGUUAAAAGCGAUAAAAAUUUGUUGCUUUAACAAAUGCCCUAAUAGCUGCUUCUAAAUAACAAUAUACUUGUCAGCAAUAGUUAGUUUAUAUCUUUCUUCAUUGUGAAUAUUGCCUUGCAGUGUUUUAAUUGAAUAUACGAUUCCUUUGCCUACAUUUCAUGUUUAAAAGAUGUUUUCAUAAGUUUAAUACAAAACACAGAGAGAUUU